CCCUUCUCCCAGGAGGGCGUAACAUGGUGGCUGCUCCUCUUCUCAGAGGGUGAUGUGAGUUGCAUGAAACAUCCUGAGAGCAAAGGCUGCUGUUCCCUCUCUGGGCCUGGGAAGUACCGUCUGCUGUCUCUACAAGGUGAUAAUCUUCACUCAGCCCUGAGGUUUCUGCUUUUCUUCUCUGAAUCAUUCAAAGAGCGAAACACUGUGGCUCUGGCCUUGUUACGGUUCUUCCACCUCUUCUGUGUGCCUGCGUGCAGGUUAACACCUUUGCUGUGCUUGUCUACAUCUGCCUGCACAACAAGGUCUGAAAAGCGUUGGGGUUUAUCAGCCUUCCUCCCAAACCCGAGCAACUGCUUUGCUGCAGCAGGCUUUCCAUUUCUCUGCUUGUCUUCCCAGCUCCCAGCUCUGCUUUGGUCCUUGCUCCUGCUUUCUGGAGCCGGUGCUCUGCGGCGGUGGGCAUGUUGGGAUCUGCAGCAGCACCAGGGUGUAGCCUCCAACACACACCCCAGCAAUCUGGUCUUACCUGCUGGCCGCUCAGGCAGCAGUGAGGAGCGCUGGGGGCUGCGCUGCUCGUCCCUGCAAGCUGAACCUCUGAGGGGCAGCAGCUGAGGGGCAUGAGCCCACCUGGCAGGGAGUUGUUUGUGGGCUUUUGAGACCCAGCGAGGAAUUGUGCUGACACUGAAUAACUGGAAAUGACCUUUCAUCACAUCAACAUCCCUGUAACCACUGGAAAGAAUAGAUGAACUAGAGGCUGAAGCUGACUACAUUACUAUCCCUGCCUGAUGACCAUUGACCAACAAUCCAAAGCAGUGCCAGUCAAGAGAGAGAGAUGUGCCCAUCUACCUCCCAGUUGCAGAUGAGGGGAAUGCCCUACCCAGAGCUUCCUCGAGGGGAAUGACUUUGCUUGGUGCUUUUCUUUUGGCCUUCUUAUCUCACCAGCUGUCUCAGACAUCUCAUUGAGAUCCUCCCCUCAUCCCUGGGCAUGUUAGCUCACAACUCAUCUCAGAUGUGCAAGGAUUACAAACAACAGCAUUACCUCCUGCUGCCUGGCUACAUCCUGAUAUUCAUUACAGGUUUGGUACUGAAUGUGGUGGCUCUGUGGAUACUUGUUCGCUGCCUGCGCCUGAAGUCUGUAGUGAUGAUCUACAUGUUCAACCUGGCUGUGAGUGACCUCACCUUCACGCUCCCUCUGCCACUGCGACUCUACUACUAUUCCAACCACGAGUGGCCCUUUGGUGAGAUCCUGUGCCAGGUCUCUGGUUCUGUCUUCCAGAUCAACAUGUAUGGUAGCUGCAUCUUCCUCAUGUGCAUCAACCUGGAUCGCUAUGUCGCCAUUGUCCAUCCACUUCGCUGGCGGCAUCUGCGGCGCCCCAAGGUGGCCAGGCUCCUGUGCCUCAUUGUCUGGGUAGUGAUUCUCAUGGGCUCCAUCCCCACAGCUAUAUACCACAAGCAAAACCACUGUGUGUCAGAGAAUCAGACCACAUAUCUGUGCUUUGAAAGCUUUAGUGACAACAUGUGGCAGAAGAACCUCUUCCCCCUAGUUGUCCUGGCUGAAAUCCUGGGUUUUCUCCUGCCUCUGAGCUCUGUGACGUACUGCUCAAUUCAGAUCUUUCGGGAGCUCUGUCAAGCCAGGCAGACAAAGACCCUGCGACAGCAGAAGACAGUCCGUCUCCUCGUGGUCAACCUGGUCAUCUUCAUCAUCUGCUUUGUGCCCUACAACACUACCUUGGCAGUAUACGGGUUGCUAAAGGCCAAGGUGAUUAAUGUACGACCAGAAACACAGACCUCUGUGCGCGACGUGUUAAUUAGGACAAUGCUGUUGGCCAGUAUGAACUGCACGCUGGACCCCCUGAUCUACUACUUUAGCACUGAAGGUUUCCGUAACACCUUUAAGAAACUGCGACAGGGACAAACCUGGGACUCAGAUACAGGGAUGCUUAAGAGUCAGGUUGUGGAGCAAAAGUCAACUCAAAACCAUGCUGCCACAAAAACAAAACAGUUCCCAUCUAAAAAUGUUAUCUGUCCCAAUGAAUCUUUGCCAACCCUUCCUACUGCAGUAUUUUUGAAUGACCUUAUUCAGGACUCAGAAAUAUAACCACAGAAGGUCAUAGCAUUACUGAGUUGCAGAGUGGCCCAUUCAAUAAUUACAGCGAGACUGUGGAAAGCAGCCCAAGGUAACUUAGCAAACUGUUUGAGGGAGCACAGCAGGCUGUAUGUGGGUGAAUAUGAUGAUUCAAAGCUGAAGGAUGAAAGGUUGUUUUUGAAUAAACAGAUACAUUGGUGA